CGCCUCACAUGUCACUCAGAUGCUACCGUUCGCCUGGCAUCACUUCUGUGGAUGAAUGGACGGCUGUCCUCCACCUCGCCACCGAGUGGUCCUUCGACGACAUCCGCGUCCUCUCCAUUGAACGUCUGGAACCCAUCGCUAGUCCCAUUGAGAAGAUUUUCCUAAGUCAUUCACAUUCAAUUCCCGAAUGGCUCCCAGCGGCAUACGUUUCGCUGUGCCAGUGUCCCCAUUCACUUACGGCUGCAGAAAUUAGAACGAUACAAGCUGAGGACGUCGAGCUGAUCAUGUCGGUCCGGGAGGCUAUGCUCCACGCUCGGCUGCCGUCGGAAGCGAGCGAGAUCUCCGCUCGCGUCGCUGACGCCAUGAAGUCUGCCACGAAGACGGCGGCUUUUAUACCUCCUAAUCCUAUCCCAGGGGUCACAAACAUAGUAGAAUCGCCAAUAGUCGAACCCAUUACCGAGGGUGCGAAGGUGCAGGGUCUGCCUUCCGAGGUUCAUUUGCAGCUUAACACUACCUCUCUACUCUCUCUUAUAUCUACCGACGACGUGAGAGAUAUUAUGCGUCAAAUAUCGACAUAAAUUCCGCGCUCUGCAGUUCACGCAGAAGUCACGGCGCUUCUCGACGAACUUACGCUGGUCAACAUCGGCAAGACGGCGCGCACACUAGCCCAAUGGAUGAACCUCGCAAAAGGGGAGAACAAGUGUGCUACUGCGGCACAGAUCAUCGACCUAGUCUUCACCAAGGCAACAAGCAACUAGAAAUCUACUCGAGUGUACGCUUUGUUGUGUUGGCAACUUAUAGGCAAGGUUUCGAAGGGUCGUGGGGUCAGGCAGUGGAAUAUCAGGGGAGGACAGCUUUUCAGUGACCAUCUUCUUGACAAAUGCCUGACAGAAAUUGAGAGCAUCUGCUCGAAGAUGAACUUGGCGGCCCCGGGCCCAAGCCCGAAGAUAUCAGGAAGUACGUGUACAG